CAAUUUUCCCCGAGACAUUUGCUUCACCUUUUCAAGCCUUACAAGAUGGAUUUUGAUGGGGAAGAUGGUCCUCCUCUGUUGGUCGAUAUUGAGGCUAAGGAAGAUGACAGUCUUGAAGAGCCAAAACCAGUCAAGGUACCCAUCACUAUAGUGACCGGAUACCUGGGAGCCGGUAAAACCACCCUGAUGAAUUACAUUUUGAAUGAACAACAUGGCAAGAGGAUUGCUGUCAUAUUGAAUGAGUUUGGUGACUCCGUGGAUAUCGAGAAGUCCUUGACAGUCAGUAAAGGCGGUGAACGAGUAGAAGAAUGGCUCGAGGUUGGCAAUGGUUGCAUUUGCUGUUCAGUGAAGGACUCAGGAGUCAAUGCAAUUGAGUCCUUGAUGGAGAAAAAAGGUGCCUUCGAUUACAUCCUCCUCGAGACCACGGGUUUGGCGGAUCCAGGAAACCUGGCACCGUUAUUCUGGGUCGACGAAGGACUUGGCAGUACCAUCUACCUUGAUGGCAUCGUCACACUGGUUGAUGCCAAGAACAUUCUUAAAAAUCUCGACGAACCUGUUCAGGAGACCAUACAGCAUGAAGAGCACGACGAGCAUGGUGGCCCUGUAAUGACGACAGCACAUCUGCAAAUAUCACACGCCGAUGUUGUUGUUGUUAACAAAUCCGAUUUGGUCAGUGAAGCUGAGCUUCUUGCCAUACAAGAAAGAGUGCAGGCCAUCAAUGGACUUGCUAAACUCCAUGUGACCGUACAAGGUCAAGUACCACGUCUCGAAGGCUUUCUAUUAGACCUUCAUGCCUAUGAUGAAGUUGGAUCGCUUGAUGUUGCCAGCAAAGGCCACAGCCAUCUAGAUCCGACCAUCGCUACAGUCACGAUCAACGUUCCAGUCUUGCAAGUCGGACAGCUGCCAAAUCUUGAUGCUUGGCUGAGAUCCAUCCUUUGGGAUUCCAAGCUACCUACUCUGGAUCACGGAAGUCUUAUAAAGGAUGACAAUCAUGGCAAUAUUGAAUUACAUAGGUUAAAGGCGAGGCUCCCCCUCUCAAAUGGAGAAGUAAAGAUUGUGCAAGGAGUUCGAGAAGUGUUUGAAAUCUUGGACUCCCCAGAAUCCAGCCACUCAAAAGUGGACGUUACUUCUCGGACAACGGGCAAGAUUGUCUUGAUUGGAAGACGUAUCAUCGAUAUCCCGUUCGAGAAAAGCUUCCUCGAUACAAUUGGGUCAUAGCAAUUGCCUUGCGGAGGUCUUCGCUCUUUCAAUACAAUCUCACUGCGAGCGAUAUUGCACCUCCCGACUAGACAUUCGAUCCCGUUCAAAAACUCACGAAGAAUGAAUUCUCCGAUGGACUUACAAAAUUCAAAAGCAAGGUGAGAUAUGAGAUAUCAAGCUUGCCAGGAAUGUUUCCGAUCCAUUCGUUAAACUGACUCAGAGCGUGAAGUCUCGCGGCGGUUGGUGCUCACAUGGAUCUCGCUUGACCGCCAUGGUCGUAUCUGGUGCUAAAAUGCUUGCUUUACAAAUUGUUUUAAACAGGCCUCAUUGAGAACAACUCCAGCAGCUCCUAUUUACGAAGUAUCAAGUUGGAUAUUGCUGACAUCAAUGUUUGGAAAGAAGAUGCGAACUUACAGUCAACUUCUUAACCGCGAGCAGCAGAGCAACACCAUGAAGGGAAUUGCAG